AUGGGCGAGACGAGCGCGCGCGGCGUGCGCGCGGUCGUCCUCCUCCUCGCGUCCAUCGCCGCGACUGCGACCGCCGCGCGCGCGGAAGAGGCGUCCUCCCCCACCUGCCUCGAUCUCGGCUUCAGCGGGCUCGCCCCGUGCGGCGAGUGCGACGUGCUCGCGAAGCACACCGCCGAGGCGGACGACCGCGCGAGCGCCGACGCGCUCCAUCGCGAGUGCCUCCGAUGCUGCGCGCCGGAGCGCCGCAAAGACGGCACGUACCUCGCCGCGAGGCUCGAGGUCCAGGCGUACAUCGACGACCACCACGAGGAGGUGAAGAAGCGGCACAAGGUGAAGCUCGUGUACAAGCAGGGCGCGAUGCCGAUCAUAAAGUUCCGAGCGGAGAACGCGGACUUCGACGAGGUGGGCGCGGAGAGCGUGAAGCUGAACGGCCGCGCGCACUGGAAAGCGGCGGACAUCGCGGACUUCUUGAGGACGAAGCUGAAGCCGAAGGACGACGUCGCCGCGGACGACGCGGGGGAGGUGGGCGGAAGCGGAAGCGAAGACGGAGGGAAGAAGAAGGGUUCGAAGAAGACGAAGGGUUCGAAGAAGAAGCCGUCGAAGAAGCACGACGCGACCGAGCUGUAA